CCCAGGCUUUUCGCUGGGGGCCGGACAAUGGAGCGCAGUCUGCACCUCAACGCAGCGGCUGUGGCCGAAGAAGACCUUUUCCUGCACAAGAGCCUGAGCGCCGCCUCGGCCAAGCGUCUGGAGUCGGCAUUCCGCUCCACGCCCCCGGGGAUGGACCUGUCUCUGGCGCCGCCGCAGCAGCAGCAGCAACCGCCGCCUCCGCCACCGUCGCCGCUGCCACCGCCCCGGGACCGCCAGGCGUCGUCCUCCUCGUCGCCCCUGGGUUGCUUCGAACCUGCCGACCCGGAGGGGGCAGGGUUGUUGCUGCCGCCGCCCGGCGGAGGAGGAGGAGGAGGUGGAGGAGGAGGAGGAGGAGGAGGAGGUGGCGGUGGAGGAGGAGGAGGAGGAGGUGGAGGAGGCGGUGGCAGUGGUGGAGGAGGAGGAGGAGGGGUGGGGGUCCCCGGGCUGUUGGUGGGCUCCACUGGAGUCGGGGGAGACCCCAGCCUGAACAGCCUGCCCGCCGGAGCAGCCCUGUGCCUCAAGUACGGCGAAAGCACCAGCCGCAGCUCGGUAGCGGAGAGUAGCGGCGGCGAACAGAGCCCCGACGACGAUAGCGACGGGCGCUGCGAGCUGGUGCUUCGAGGCGGGGGGAGCGAGCCCCGGGCCUCCCCAGGAGGAGGGGGAGUCGGGGGCCCCGGAGGCCCCAAAGCAGCUGAGGGCUGCUCCAAUAAUCACCACCACGGCGGUGGUGGCGGCCCCCCGGGGGCCCCGGGAGGCGGUGGGGGCAACAGCAGCAGCAGCAGCAGCAGCAAGAAAUCCAAAGAACAGAAGGCGCUGCGGCUCAACAUUAACGCCCGCGAGCGGCGGCGAAUGCACGACCUGAACGACGCGCUGGACGAGCUGCGGGCGGUGAUUCCGUACGCGCACAGCCCUUCAGUGAGGAAGCUCUCCAAGAUCGCCACGCUGCUGCUGGCCAAGAACUACAUCCUCAUGCAGGCACAGGCCCUGGAGGAGAUGAGGAGGCUUGUUGCCUACCUCAACCAGGGCCAGGCCAUCUCGGCUGCCUCGCUGCCCAGCUCGGCCGCGGCGGCCGCGGCUGCUGCCGCUGCGCUUCACCCAGCCCUAGGCGCCUACGAGCAAGCGGCCGGCUAUCCAUUCAGCGCCGGGCUUCCCCCGGCGGGCUCCUGUCCGGAGAAGUGCGCCCUUUUCAACAGCGUCUCCUCCAGCCUCUGCAAACAGUGCACGGAGAAGCCUUAAACACAAAACAUACACACAAAACCUACCCAAACGCUAGAGGAAGAAGAUCUUAUUGCUUCCCUCCCCUUUUCUUCUUUAUUUUGUCCCCAAAUAGUUGCAAAACAUUGAAUCGACACAGCAAAAGAGCGAACCAACCUGAAGAAUCAGAAAGACAAAUAGGACUUUGGCCGUAACUUCUGCGGAUUCUCCGUGGAUUUUUUCGAAGGGGAGGGGGCGGCGGUGGGAGGUAGGGCAAUUGUGGGAUGGGGUAUGCGGAAUUCAUGGGGGAGAGGAGGGUGGCUUUAUUUUUCAUUAAAAAGUGGUGACUUUUAUGCCAAUUAAGUAAUAAGUCGCCUUUUAUGGAAGAGGGGGUGGGAGUUGAGAAAUAGCGUCUCAAAUAUUAAGCAGGAGAGAGAUUUAUUUAAAGCAAAACACUAAUCCUACUAAUAAUGAUGAAUUUGGUUAGGACUGAGGGUUUUAUGGGUCGGGGUUGGGUGGGGCGGCAGACCGGAUAUUCAUUCAGACAAAUCAGAAAGGGCACUUGAAAAUAAUUUUUGAUUCUGAGCCAGGAGAAAAACUUGAAAAGUAGACUUAUUUAAAUGAAAAAAAAAAAA